GUUCAACCUAGAAACGCGCUUGACGCGACUUUUCAAUCCCGUCUUCCUUCAACGCUUUUUAUAAGCUUUCCUGGUUCUCGUUUCUGCUCCUGCGGCAACCAUACCUUACAACAUUCCAAUACAUGAAUUACCGCAUAUAAUCCGUCUCUCUUGUCUUGAACCACUUCCCCAUGGAGAGGUGAUUGCGCCUUGACGCAACCCUUGAGGUCACAGCGCAACUUGGCUGUACCAUAUAUAAACUCGCCACCCCGCACCAUUUUGUCCGUGCUCCUUUGUCGUCCAGUUACCUGCCUGAACCACAAAGCAAGUUAGAGACAAGGCGGUGCAACGAUGGCUGAGGAGCCCACCUUGCCACAGCUGCCGCCUUUCCUACCGGCCGACAAACGGAAGCGCGGCAGGGCCACGGAACCCCCUACCACACACUCUUCAACCUCAAGCGACCCGGCCUUCUUCUCCAGUGAUGACGACCCGGCACUGGACAAUUAUCAGAAUCAUGGACGUCGCAAGAGGCGAUACGUGGGCUCUUGGUUUGACCAGCAGCCGGCCUCGUCAGACUCGGGAGUGGGUGAUGAUGCGCGUCCGAGCUUCCCCUUUCCGCGUCGAAGCCGGGGUCCACCACAACCCCAAAAGAGAGAGUUUAGGAGACAGCUCGACAGCGGUGUCUGGAUGGGGACCGAGGGCAACUUGACCGACACGGACGAUAGUUUUGACCUCGAACCGGUUCCUGCAAGAUUCCCACUGACAGCACCCCGGGCACAGCCGUCGAUCCCGCUCUCACCAGCCCGCCCAAGGCUUACCUCCCAGGAGCAGCAAGUUCAAAACACGAUCCAAUCGUGUGUGGACCGGGGUGAAGAGCUGGUUGAUCUGAGCGGUUUGAACCUCGAGAGUAUCUCUGAUGCUCUGCUCAACACCAUCUCUGAAAUCACUCCCAUUCCUUCCGUUGCAAAAGACGUCGCGUUCGAGCAGAGAGACCCACAAAUCAAGGUGUUCUUGUCCAACAACCGCCUUCGGACCUUUCCGAUUGCGCUUCUUAACAUCGAGCACCUCACCGUCCUCACCCUGCGCGGCAAUCGCCUCGUCAAGCUCCCCCCAGCCAUAUCGAAACUCCGUAAUCUUCAGACCCUCAACAUCGCCCAAAACUACCUCCGUUUCCUCCCUGGCGAGCUCCUGGACCUCCUUGAGCCAGGCAGCAAGCUCAUCACUUUCAACUGCGAGCCCAACCGGUUCUGGCACCCAGCUACCGCUUCCGGGAACGAACAGGGCGCUGAAAAGUAUGAGACACUCACCUUCGCCCCGUGCACUGAGACGAUGACAAUCGGGUCGACCUGGAAAGGCUUGACUACGAAGCUCCAAUCUAGAACGCCUGUCCACUUCAUUGACAGCGCCGGCAAAACUUAUUCCCAUUUCACUCUACCCGACCCGGGUUCCAAGCUCUCAAAUGUACACGUCCUCGAACUGGAACCCUUCACCUCGCUCACAACGCCCAAGGAACUGGCCCCCGAGCUUCGCUCCCACUCGGCCACGAGCAAAGUCGUCAACCCCAGAGGUGCCAAAUCUUUGUUUGAGAUGGCUCUCCGCGCGUGCGCCACCUCGGCGGAGGCGGAUACCAUCCCCUCGUGGUUGCGGGAAGACGAGGGCUGGCCGAGGCACUUCGCGCCCGCGGUCGAGAAUGCGACACAGCUGCACCGCCAGGGCGGAGUCACCUGCUCGGUCUGUGGCAGGGAGACGCUGAUGCCGCUGGCGCAGUGGAUCGAGUUUCGGUACGUCCGGCGCACGUCGGUAGAACAACGGGCAGAGGGGCGGCUCGUUCGGGAGACCAUAGGGUUGGAGGAGACAUCAGGGGAGAUGCCGGUGCCGUUCUUGAGGGUCGGCUGCUCGUGGAGGUGCGUGCCUGCCAAGGUGGAGCUGGCGGCGCUGGAGGGCGAGGAUGAUGUGGACGUAUCCAGGGGCCCAAUCGAGAGUUUGGUCUGAAACACACUGCGCUGUUUCAGUGGCUGGAUACGGUGGUUGAUGUCGAUUUGGAGUAAGACUACAUGUCGAUGAUCAGGUUUCGAAAUGAUGCCUUCUAACUUCAAGCCUGCUGCUGUAAUAGUUGCAUUUGAGGCAUACUGUACUCACUUAGGCACCCUGUACGGGUUGCAGAUAAACCAAACACAUGUCUGAUCGUCCGA